AGGGGACAUCGGGGGGCAGAUGGGGCUGUUCAUCGGCGCCAGUAUCCUGACCAUCCUGGAGAUCCUGGACUAUAUCUAUGAGGUGAUCCGGGACAAGGUGAGCCGGGCUCUGGGCCGUGCCAAGCCGCCCCUGAGGAAGCCGUCGGGCAGCAUCGCCACGCUGAGGCUGGAGGAGCUCAGGGAUCAGAGCCCCUGCGGGACGCUGGGCCGACAUGCCGAGGGCACCUACAGCAGCAGCAUCCUGCCCAACCACCGCCACCGCUAUGCCCACCAGGGCGUCUUCGAGGACUUCGCCUGCUAGGCCGGGCUCUGCACCGCGGGCCCCAUGGUCUGCACGGAGAGCGGCGCCAGUGCCUGGCACAGGGGGCACCAGGCCCCUCCUUUCCCCAGCUGCCCAUCCAGCCCAUCAGCCAUGCCCUGCCCCAGGAAUGGCCCUGCCUGGCAGCCCCACGCCCAGCCAGCCCCGGGGUCAGCCCAGCACAAAGCACAUGGUGCAGAGCAGAGCCGCGCAGCCCUGCCCCUGGGAGCAGCCAGCCUGGACAGACGCGGCAUCGGCCGGAAAACAGCCUGGCCUGAGGAUUGGCCCCAGCGUGGGGACUGGGGGAGGGCAGGGACCCUGUAUGAAUGCGGCAUUCAGCUGUGGAGGUGAACCCCCCCACACACACACACCCCGGGGGGCUGCAGCCCAGUCGCUCCCACCCAGCGGGGAAAGGGCCUCCCCCAGAACAGACUCAUGCCGCCCUAGAGCCUCAUCCCCAGCAAGCGCCCCCUGCCCCGGCUGCAGCAGCCAACUGCAUAAUGCCCCCUGCGCCCC